AGAUAAAUUCCUAGUGUCCACCAAAUUCCUCGGCGCUCUUUCACUCUCUGUUAAGGCCAAGACUUCAGGGGUGAGGAGAUAGGGCACUGGUUUCCCUGUCGUGGGAUCGCUUGUGGUCGUUUUGCAGGACUCUGCGAAGGGCAAGCUGUGACACAAGGCUCCCACCUCAAAACCCAACCCAGCUCCAUACUUUAGGGACCCUUUCGUUUUAGCGUCUCUCUCUCUCCCUCCCUCCCUCCACCUCCUCUCUAAACAUGUCCACUGGCUCUCUCAGCGAUGUAGAAGACCUUCAAGAGGUGGAGAUGUUGGACUGUGACUCCCUGAAAGUGGACUCCAACAAGGAGUUUGGAACUUCCAACGAGAGCACCGAGGAGGGUUCCAACUGUGAGAACGGGUCUCCACAGAAGGGUCGCGGUGGCCUGGGCAAGAGGAGGAAGGCGCCCACCAAGAAAAGCCCCCUGAGCGGGGUCAGCCAGGAGGGCAAGCAGGUCCAGCGCAAUGCUGCCAAUGCGCGCGAGCGGGCCCGCAUGCGGGUGCUGAGCAAGGCCUUCUCCAGGCUCAAGACCACCCUGCCCUGGGUGCCCCCGGACACCAAACUCUCCAAGCUGGACACUCUCAGGCUGGCGUCCAGCUACAUCGCGCACUUGAGGCAGAUCCUGGCCAACGACAAGUACCAGAACGGUUACAUUCACCCAGUCAACCUGACAUGGCCCUUUAUGGUGGCCGGCAAACCCGAGAGUGACCUGAAAGAAGUGGUGACCGCGAGCCGUUUGUGUGGAACCACUGCAUCCUGACCGUGGAGGUGCGAGUCUGGGAACCGUGCGCUUCAAGGGCAGCAGGGUGACGACCCCUGUCCUGCCCUUUCCUGCCCUUCCCGUCUUUGCUGCCUCCUUGCAUCGCUCCUCACCCCAUCCCACCCCACAAGAACACUUAACUGCGACGAGGAGAUUCGUUUCCAAACCAAAGGAGACCAACUGUACUUACAGAUUCCCGUCUAUUUAACUUGAUUAACUUCUGCCAUGAAUGACUGCGAGCCUGGCUGGUCCAAGUGCAAUAUGUAAUUAUAUAUAUUAUAUAUAAAUAGAUAAUAAGAGCCUAUCAAUGUGUAUCUUUUGUACAAUAUGUUGUAAAAUGUAGAUCAUAGAAUAGCUGACUUUGACAGUCACAUUUAUAAAAUAAGUCACUCAAAGAAAUAUAUUUUUUUCAAACAGGUUUUGCUACUUCCGAAAAUAAAUCUUUCUUUAUAUUG